AAACCAGACCCACAGCAAGUCACAGCACAUCAGUAUUUUAAAAAACGACAUGAUGUAAUGCACAAUACUAUCGUCUUUUGUACACACAAGGUUUGAGAGAAAUCAGUGGCAGAUCAGUAUCUGAGCCAGCCUGCUUGGUCACUGCUGUGAACACAAACUCCACAAACAUCUUGCUAAACUCUUCCCGGAACACCAGCUUGAAUCCAAAGGCUUCCACGUUCUUCACAAACACAUCAAACGAGGGAAAUCUACUGGAGACUUCGUAUAUUCUCAUCUCUCCUCCCUUUCUCACAACACGUCUGGCCUCUCUGAUGAAGUCUGAUACGUUAGUACCCAUCAGCGAAAGACAAAACACACAGACAUCCACUGUAUGUCUUUUGAGUGGUACAUGAGCCAUGUCGCAUGCCGUCACCCGCUCAUUGAUUGCAACUAAAUCAAAGGAGUGCACUCUUUGCUUGACGCUCUCGGCAAGUUUUGCCUCUCCACAUCCAAAGUCACACACUACAGUAUCUUCAGGAAGAGUUUGAACACGAGCUAUAACCCGGUCGAUUGGGUUUUCAGGCCAUUUGGCCACCUGAGCUGCAAAGCCUCUGUGAUAAACAUCGAAAAGUUCUGGGUCUUCGUCAAACACGAGUUUUGCAUCUUCCCCUGUUGUGGUGUACAGUUGCUGGUUGAUCAUUCGAAACCUAGACCCCUCCAACUGGGUGGACAACUUUGAGUAGAGCUUCGAGUUCUUAGGCUUUCUUAGUGAAUAUUGCGGAGAAGGGCUUGAGUCUGCCUGUUUGCUGCUGUGUGCCCCGUUAUGUCCUUGAAACGAUAUAGACUUUCUCAGUUUCUUCUGUGAUGGGCUCUGCUCUUGUGCUCUGGCUUCGUCUAACACGCCACUAACGCCCGCACUCGUUUCCCUGCGUUCUCUCUUACACGAUUCAUCUUCUGUGGAGUCUGUUUCAUUGCGUUUCCGCUUACGUUUCUCCUUCUUCUUGCUUGAAAACGGUGCAUCUAUGCCUGUACCUCCAAAUAGCUUCUGGUGCAACUCCUCCACAAAGGGAUUAGGGCUUCCUGGGCCCCAUUGGGGGUCUUCUUCGAACAUUGCCACACACGUGUUUAUAACCCUAAAUAAUACGCAUCAGCGGUGGUGCGCGAUUUUUAGAAACUCCUGCGUGGUGCACACACGUGUCUCUAUCGGGGGCUCUUCUGAUGGCCGAGAGCUCUAGCAGUGGAGAUGAGGAGUUCAGGGGAGAGGCCAAGUACAAGCAGUUCUCGGCAGCGGUGGAGAGAUCGCUGAAAGGGUUCGAGCUCUCCUCAGAAUGGCACGAUCUCAUCUCGUCACUGGCUCGUCUAAACAAGACCCUACUGGCCUACAAGCAGUACCCAGCAGUUCCGCAUCAGCUACUGGUGUCAAAGAGGUUGUCCCAGUGUCUCCAUCCCAACCUCCCUGGCGGAGUUCAUCUCAAGGCCCUGGAUGUGUACAGGGCCAUUUUCGACCGUAUUGGCACCAAAGGCCUUUCAGAAAAUUUGCUGGUGUACAGCAGCGGGCUAUUUCCUCUGUUGGGCCACGGAUCAAUGUCAGUGAGGCCAUCUCUACUGGACAUCUAUGAGAGGUACUACCUGGCCGUGGGGCGCGGCCUCGUUCCAUGUCUGUCUGGAAUGGUCCUCGGACUCCUGCCUGGCCUGGAGGAUGAAUCUGAGCACACCGAAAGAAUAACUGGACUGCUGGAUGCUAUCUGCCUGGCCACAGAUGAGCCGUCGUUUUACUCUGCUCUGUGGCAGUGUGUUCUCUGCUCUGACCGGGCCCGUCUCCCCGCCACCUCCUAUCUUCUUUCCAAACUGAACAAGAAGGCGACUGCAGAGGACCAGGCUAACUACCUCGGUGGCAACCUCGCUCUCAUGGUACUGUGUUGUCUGUUG